UGUAAUGUUUUGGGAGUGGAACCAAAAGGUACACAGGAUGUUGUCUAAAAUGUCAGGUCAUGUAAUUUCGCGGUUGCGAUGAACAAACAAAUUGACGUUCGAACAGAAGAAAUGGCCGCGAAAGUUCUGUUUAACUCAGGCCCUACAUGUAUUAAGCUAGAGGGGAAUGUCAACAAAAACCGAUCCAAAUUCCGUCAUUUUGCCCGCCAGGUGUCUGGGGAGGUGUUUGAUGUUCCUGAAAAGAACCAGGUUAUCUUUUCAUACACAAAACAGCACAUGAAAACUUUCCAGACUGGACAGAUGUCUUUCUCCCUUGCUGACCUUUCGAUGGAGAGUCCAGAAGCAAUGUUUGACUCUGAGUAUUAUCCCCAGAUCUCAUUCCUAUUUGUCCAUAGAGAUUUUCAAUGCCAGGGUUUUGGAACACUCUUGUUAAACGAAGGGUUGAAAAUUGUAAAAAAUCAUUGUAAAAGUAGGCCUGUAAGACUGCAAAGUGCACAAGAUGCAGUAACAUUUUUCCAGAAAUGUGGGUUCCAGAUAGUUGGAGAGCCAAUUGAUGUGAUGCAUUGUGGAUCAAGGUUGUUUAAAACAUUGGUCAAUAUGCAGUUAGACAUGCAGUGAAAAUGUCUCAUUUAUAUCAUAUGGAUAUUCAAGGUUUUUAUUAUUUGUGUAAAUAUGAGUGUAAUGUAUAAAUUUCCAUCAGUUGUGUUCAAUUGUAAAUAUUGGUGCUUAUUGUUUAAACCCUUUGUUUUGUUGUUUUAAAAUCUUUUAACUAAAACUAUAACACAAAAAUAUAUGUAUUAAUUCUAAGAAUAGAAAGCAUAAAUUGCUACUAAUAAUAAUUGCUGAUUGCUUGACAUUAAUGGUCUACUGAAAGAAAUAUACAAAGUAUGCAAGUUCGUAAAUAUAUACAAUAUUAAAAAUUAUGAUUGCUUUGGAACAUGGUUUAACAACAUAUGAAAGUAAUUUCUCAUUUGUUAAAAUUGUAAUAUAAAAUGUUAUUCAUUUCCGAAUACCAUUUUUGUUUGAAUUUUUUUUGAAAAUAUUAUGUUCAUACAAUUUUUUGUUGUUGAGCAUAUUUUUUUUUCAAUCAUAAAUACUAGUUACAUAACUAGUAAACUCUAAGAAUGAUAGGUUGUACAUUAUGAAGAUUUGUUUUUUUAAAUAUUAAAGUUUUUUUUCUUGAUUUUAUGUUUUAAUGACACGGAUGUCAGGUUAGUGCAAUUUUUAGCACACUCACUCUCAAUGCUUCAUGGGAUGGAUUCUCAAUCAGGGCAUAUCAAUUUGGUUUGUGGUAACCUCAUAGGUGUCUCUCAGCUUCAGGGGGCUUUAAUGGGCCAUAUGAUUGAUACAUAUUCUAAGUAUGAACUUAUAUUUGUUCAGAAAUCAACCAGGGCAUGUGAAUUUAGUGUGGUAACGUAACAGCUGUCUCUCAGCUUCAGGGGGCUUCUAUGGGCCAUAUGAUUUAUACAUAUUCUAAGUGUAAACUUAUAUUUGUUCAGAAAUGUUCUGAGAGGUGAUUAAAAUAUUGUGUUGUGAUAUAAAUUUUGUACAAAUAAACA